AUUUAAUAUAAUCUUUGAUUUUUAUUUGUAUAAAUUAUGAGAGAUAGACUCCUUUUAGAAAAUCUAGAUGAGGGGAAACCAGCAAUUUGGCAUCGCAAUACAUUAUCCCUUAUUAACGAGAAUAAAUUUGAUAAUCUAAAAAAAAGCACUCCAACACAAAUUGUAUACCCAAAUUCCUCAUUUAAUAUCGGAUUACCCGUUGAUUCCAUUAAUCUUCAGGAAUCUUCAAACACGAACUACGAUGACCCUUUAUAUGACGAAGACGGGAAUGAUAAGCCGUUAAUUGUCUACGCUUCUAAUAAACCAGAAAACGCCAAAAAUUUCAGAAGCUACCUACUUUUGGUGUGUUUAAUGAUCUUUUAUACCAUUUUUGUCCUCUAUUUUGGGCAUUUGAUGAAAUCGCACGUUGAUUUUACGAGGUCAAGCGUGGUAUACCUGAAGAUUACCAAGGUCUCAAUUUUCCUCUAUUUGACCGUUUUGGUUCUUUUAUCCUUCGGGUAUUCUCAAGUUUUAAGGUUUAAUAGUCUAAUGACGACUGUAUUAAUGGCACUUGGACUCUUUUACAUCGAAAACAUCUACGGAGUCCUACUGUCUUCGGUACAGCUCUCGGUCCUCGUUUGCAACUAUCACUCGAUUUAUAAAAAUACACCUAAGGUUUUUAUGGUAUCUUCCGUCCAGUAAUGUCCUUUUCAAGCCA